GCGUCUCUCGGGCUGCCGGGCGGCACCGCUGUGCAGGGACCCGGAGCUGCGCCGGCUGGGCGCUCCUGCCUAGGACGGCUCCCCUCGGCCGGCCGCGCCGCCGCGCCUUGCUUGCUUCCCCUUGUCCCCCGGUGGCUCAGCCCCGGCGGGUCCCGCUGUCCUCGGAGGGGGUCUCCCGCCCGGGAGCCAGGCGGAUGCCGCCGCAGCAAGAAGGAGAGACGGGCUACAUCAGCAAGCCGCUGCCGGGCGGCUGCGAAGUGCCCCCGGUGCCGCCGCGGAGGGUCCGCAGCAGCCGGGCAGCGGCGCUGGGGGCCGCGCUUGGGAGCCGCUGCCGGGCCGGGGCGGGCGGCGGCGGGACUGGCGGCGGCGGAGGCGAGCCUCGCCGCAGCAUCAAGUGCGUGCUGGUGGGAGACGGCGCGGUGGGCAAGACCAGCCUGGUGGUGAGCUACACCACCAACGGCUACCCCACGGAGUACAUCCCCACUGCCUUCGACAAUUUCUCAGCUGUUGUAUCCGUUGAUGGCCGGCCAGUGAGGCUCCAGCUCUGUGACACAGCUGGCCAGGAUGAAUUUGACAAGCUCCGGCCACUGUGCUACACUAACACAGACAUCUUCCUGCUGUGCUUCAGCGUGGUGAGCCCUUCCUCUUUCCAGAAUGUGAACGAGAAGUGGGUUCCUGAAAUCCGAUGCCACUGCCCCAAAGCACCCAUUAUCCUCGUUGGGACCCAAUCGGACCUCCGGGAGGACGUCAAGGUCCUCAUUGAGCUGGACAAAUGCAAAGAGAAGCCCGUGGCGGAGGAGGCCGCGAGGCUCUGUGCCGAGGAAAUAAAAGCUGCCUCUUACAUCGAGUGCUCCGCUUUGACUCAGAAAAACCUCAAAGAAGUCUUUGAUGCAGCCAUUGUUGCUGGCAUUCAGUACUCGGAUACUCAGCAGCAGCCAAAGAAAUCGAAAAGCCGGACUCCAGACAAAAUGAAAAACCUCUCCAAAUCCUGGUGGAAAAAGUAUUGCUGUUUUGUAUAGUAUAUUUUGCAAAGGCUUUGAAAACAGCAGUUGGAUACUGGGAGCGGGUCAAAGCUAUAUUAGCUCAAAAUCUCUCUAUUCCAGAGCACACGGACUGAAUUCCACGGCUCUACGUGCUGCUAAAUGUCAUCCGUUGUCAUUGGAGGAGGAGGUGGUGGUGGGAGGAGAACCUGAGGGAGCUGCUUGAUAUGUGCAUUAGGUGGAAGGUUCCCACUCGGAGUCAGUGGAUUUUCCUGUUGCCAAGGGACAACUUACCCCACACUUCUGUGAAACCAGAAGCUGUGCCGAGGAAUUGACUCCAUGCAGAAGUGGGAGGAGCCGCAACAGAGGCCUCUGAUGCCAAGGAGACACAGAAACCAGGAAAAGACUAUAGGAAGACAGAGUUUGACAGGUGGAUGUUAGAAAAUGUGUGCUACUCAAUGACAUUUGGCUUCCCACGCGCCCGUUUUCAGUCUUGCCGUCUUCAGAAACUAUAACAUGCAUUCCAGAAACAUCCAUAGUUUGAUAAAUUUAGCAGAAUCUGCACAUAAAUCCUAUAUAUUUUUCUUAAGACGAUAUGCCUACUUCAUGCACAGUGUAGGGAUGUCUUAACACAAUGAGCUGCUUACAUAACUGCAUCUUAUUUGUAGACCCCUGACUUACAGAUCUUUUACAUGGUGUAAAUGUGCAUGCUUGCCAAAUUAUAAAAAAUAAUAAUGAUGAUAUUUUGAAUAGCCUUGGGUUGCUUUUCUAUUUCUAGAGACCCCAUGACAGGUUUUUUUUAUCAGUUUAUAAAGGAUGUAAUGCUCCCCUUAAACGAUGCACCAAAUACCUGUGAAAUGUAUGUAUCUGAUGGUCUAAGUCAAUGUGAUGAUGUUUUCUACAAGAUAAUCUCAACUAAUUACAUAAUAGUCUUUUUCACAUA